GCCGUGCCGCCCGCCUCGCCGCCGCCAUGCUGCCCGGGGUGGGGGUGUUCGGCACCGGGCUGACGGCGCGGGUGAUCGUGCCGCUGCUGAAGGCGGAGGGCUUCGCCGUGAAGGCGCUGUGGGGCCGCACGCCCGAGGAGGCGGAGGAGCUGGCCAAGGAGAUGAGCGUCCCCUUCUACACCAGCCGCAUCGACGAGGUGCUGCUGCACCAGGACGUCGACCUGGUCUGCGUCAACCUGCCGCCGCCGCUCACCCGGCAGGUCGCCGUCAAGACCCUGGGCAUUGGAAAAAAUGUCAUCUGUGACCGAACGGCGACUCCGCUGGAUGCCUUCAGGAUGAUGACUGCGGCUCAUUACUACCCAAAGCUCAUGAGCAUCAUGGGGAACGUUUUACGCUUCCUGCCUGCUUUUGUGAAGAUGAAACAGCUGAUCCAGGAGGGUUACGUGGGGGAGCUGCUGGUGUGCGAGGUGCAGGUUCACAGUGGAAGCCUGCUAGGCAAGAAGUACAACUGGAGCUGUGACGACCUGAUGGGAGGCGGCGGCUUGCACUCGGUCGGCACCUACAUCAUCGACCUCCUGACCUUCCUCACCAGCCAGAAGGCCGUGAAAGUGCACGGGCUGCUCAAGACCUUCGUGAAGCAGACGGACCACAUCAAGGGGAUACGGCAGAUCACCAGCGAUGACUUCUGUACGUUCCAGAUGGUCCUGGAAGGAGGCGUGUGCUGCACGGUGACGCUCAACUUCAACAUCCCGGGGGAGUUCAAACAAGACAUCAUCGUGGUGGGUUCGGCAGGACGGCUGAUUGUAAUAGGCACUGACCUCUACGGACAGAGCAACAGCUCUCCUCAGAGGGAGCUGCUGCUCAAGGACUCCACGCCAGUCAGCAACUCCCUGCUUCCGGAGAAAGCCUUCAGUGACAUCCCAUCGCCCUACCUCCGGGGCACCAUUAAGAUGGUCCAAGCUGUCCGGCAAGCGUUUGAGGACCAGGACGACAGGAGGACCUGGGACGGGAGGCCCCUUACGAUGGCUGCCACUUUUGACGACUGCCUGUACGCCCUGUGCGUGGUGGACACCAUUAAAAAGUCAAACCAGCUGGGGGAGUGGCAGAACAUUUCAAUCAUGACUGAGGAGCCAGAACUGAGCCCGGCAUACUUAAUCAGCGAAGCCAUGAGGAAGAGCAGGAUGUCUCUGUACUGCUAGCUCCUCCUUAGCUCCUAGGAAAGAAUAGGAACCAGACAGCUCUCGAAGGAGAUGGUAAUUCAGCCCCUGUGAAGGGCUCGGGUAUUUUAGAAACAGAUGAAGACAAGGAAAUACAGUGUUUGGAUCAACUGCUGUUGGCAGCUAAAUGCUGAAGUGAUAAUGGUCCUUCAAAAUGCCCAAAACAGAUAGGAGACGUAAGAGCUGAUAUAACUUAACUGUUUUAAUAACAGUAUUAGCUGGGCGAUUGGCAAGAUAUAUCACGGACUCAUCUCCUGCUUGCAGGUGCUUUAGAUUAUCCAAUUGUGUUUACUGUGAAAGGUUGGGAAGAUCCUUUUAGAUUUUCCUUACCUACCAGAGGGCUGUGAAGGUACUGUCAUGUCGUUAAAUUUUCUGUAGUGUCUGACAUGAAUGGUUCCUCCCAUGACAGCUGACACCACCACGCUCUAUUACGACACCUCUAACCAACACGCAGAAUAACAGGACUUGGUGUGAAAGUGUUGCGUGACAGGGAAAAUCUUGGCAGCUCGCUUUUCAUACAACCUGUUAGGAGCUUCUCUGUGUUGGUUUAGCUAGUUGGUUUUUGUUUGAUUUGUUGUUGUUUUUCUUUUUUUUUUUUUUUAAAGCACAAUUAAGUAGGAAAAUAUGUGGCUUUUAAAACAAAGCAGUCCUCAACCACAGUGCAUAUGCCCCAGUAUUUGGGGAGGGAGGGUCUUCUGUGAGCUCCCUGUAGGCUUCAGUGUUAUGUAUUUGCUGACUGAAUGGGUUGUGGAAAACCUUUCACGGAUGACAAGUGGCGUGACACAGUAGUGAUGGUGGGUUUUAUUACACAGCCAAACUCAGGCUAGUCUUACGAAGGUUUCCUGUGUCUGGGACUGAGUUUUGAGUGAAUUCAUCGUGUGUUUUGGUUCUAGGUGGAAAACAGUAGAAACACAACCCAAAACCAUACAAUGUUUAGGUGAGCAGUGUUCUUUUAAACCUUUGUGAACUCACACUUGAGAGAUGCACACCAACAAGUAAUUUCCCAUCCCUCAACCCAGAAGCUCUCACCUCCACCAAGAGGUGAUUGUGACUGAAAAACAAAGGGAUGAGAAAAUUUCCCGUCCAUUUCCAAGGAAAAAAAUUGACAUAGGACUCCCACUCUCCUCAUCUCCCUGAAGUGGCCAGCUACUGGUACUGUAGUAAUCAUUCCCUGUCAUCAGUGCAGGGGUGGACAAACUCUUUUGAUACGCUUGUCCUGUUCUUCUUUUUAAUAUUUUAGUUUGCAGUCUUGAAAUAAUAUAUUCUUUUGAGAAUAUCUUCUUGAAUGAUUAUAGUGAAAGGCACAUAAAUUAUCCCAGUAAGCAGGGAUACUGUUUUUCUGCAUAAAGCUGCUCCAGUGCUGAUGUGUUUACAGCGCUAGGUCUUCAGACAGUAAAAAAAGUAGAACGCAAGCAUACAGCACUAAAUUAUAUUAAACUUGAGAAAAACCUUUUCAGGGUUUGUUUUGUUAACUUUGAUGAGGGGAAAGAAGAGAGCAUUUGGAUGAAAAGAGAAGAUUGAAUGAAAAGAGAAAACAUGACCCCUCUUUCUCAAGGCCAUCCCAUUAGUGUGGCCCUUUUAGGUCAGAAAAAGAACUGUCAGAGUAAUUUAGAUUUUUUUAAACCACUUACAGUUUUGCUGUUUUUAGGAGUACUAAGGACUUCUAUAGGGUUUUUCCUACAAAUGUCUCCAUCUGAUUGCUCUGUGCUCUUGGCUGUCCUUUGCCCAGUUUUAGAGCUUCGUGGUUUUGAACAGGAGGGCAUCAAUAGUGUGGUUUAUCUCAUCUGACUUUAACCAGUGGAAAGUCAUUUGUCUUGUCCUGAUCAGCAAGGACACAGCAGUCAAUACAGAGAGAGCUCUCCAAAGGCUGACUCAGUUUGUCCUAAGAUUAAUUUAGAAGGAGGUGUCCAUUGGAAAUGCCCGUCCUCCUCCUUUGCAGAGAAUUUUGGCUUCUACAUUUUUAGGUGACUCCCAGCCUGAAAUUAUUCAUGGGUGCUUAAUUUUUCAAGAGCGUAUGUGUGACCUUUCAUUAAAUAGUCCCCAAAGUGUAAUAGUGUGACUGAUGAAGGAAUAAUGUAAUACUGCAAAACCACACCCUAAGGGACAAUUGUUUCUAUCCAUGUUGUUCUGCCAGUUUCAGCAACUCUCUCUAGGCCUGACUGUUUCUGCUAAGACCUCAGACAAGCUUUCAUUAUUCCUUCUUGAAAGCAGUUCUUGACAAGUCUGGUUGGUUUUCCUAAAAAUUGAUUUAUUUGAGAAUUUCUGAAGUAGUAUCUGUGCCAACAGGAAUUUCCUAUUGUAAUUGUCAUGGUAUACUAUGCUAUCCAGUUCCUACUCUGAAGAGUACACAGAGUAACGUGAGAGAUUUUGACCAAGGAAUCACCUAUCUCUCUCCUGAAAAAUGGAAUUAGACCCAAGGGGAUCAAGAGAGUUUUCACAAAGUAAAGCUAAAGCCAUUUACUGAAAAUAGUGGCCUAGUUCAAGUCAUGAGUGCAAAUCUGGUAGAUAAUUAACCAUGUACAGUUAAACAUCAUCCAAAAGUGGAAUCAAACAUGGACCAAAAUGUUUGUGAAUCUUGCUUCUCAGUGGUUUGGCCCUUGUUCUGGAAUUGCCGUUCAUGUCUUUGCGCUUCAUUUUGGUUUACAAAUGUUGACCAUUUUUCCUGUCUGUGUUUUCUUCUUUCCUCUGUCUUUCUGAGUUUUGUGAUGCCAGUUGGAAGCAGCCCCUGCAAUGAACAGUCCCCAGGCGAGACACAGUGCAUAGGGAUAAAACUACUGAGCUCAACCUUUCUGUCCCUGAUCCAAAGGUUUAGGUGACAGGCAUCAUCCAUCCUCUGUGCAGACUUAGUGAUGCAGCUAGUGCUGCUUAGCAGAAAGAAAAUCUAAUGCUUUGGUUACACAGACACCUGAUGCUGUUUUUAGUACUGCCUUGCAAGUGGGUUGAACCCUGUACAGCUCGCUGUGUGACUGCAGUGCUGGCCCCAGAGAGACAGGCAGAACGAGCAGGGACAGGGUGGGACCUCCUCUUCUGAUGGCAACAGAGAUCUCAUGCUGUGUUUAGGUGAAUUUGUUAUCUAACUGGAAUGGCAGCAGUAGCUGCAUAUAUUCAGGACUUUACAGCUGUUAUUCCAUUCUCUAGGAAGUGAAAGGGCUGUAGUGUCAAGUAUAAACAUACUAAAAUUCCACCUGGCUUGGAGGAGGAAAGAAUUGGUUUAUUUAUUGAAUGUGUAUUGUUAUUCUGAUAAAUCAUUCUUUUAAAGUCUGGGAUCUUCCUUGGCAGCAUCCAGCCCUCUGUUCUUUUGGUACAGUUGAAAGUACAUUGAAUUUGCCCUAAGUAGCCUCUGGAGUUCAUGCUGGGUUUCAGAAUUUGGGCGGGAGAUACAGAGAUGUACUGGAUUGAACUCAAAAGCGGUACCACCCCAGAAAACAUGCAUUUGGAAUUGCACUUUUAAAUGCUGUGCCACAAGUUUUGAGAUGAAUGCUGCUAAAUUGGUGCAGGCUGAAAAGCCGAACGGUGGCUACUGCUGGAAUUUACAGUAGCCCCCAAACGAACCUUUUCGUACACUAGGUAAGAGAUGUUCACUCCUCUUUCCCAGGGCUGCUGGUGGAGAGGCUCUUUCCUUUGCCAUCAACCUGUGCACGUAGGAUACCGAACAUUAUGGUCUGUUGCCAAAGA